AAAAAUAAAUUUCGUUUUAGGCCUUACUACGAUCCGAAAUAAAUUUUGCGACAUUUUCGGUAAUUUCUUAGGCACGUUUUAUGUGCGAGGACUUUUUGGAAUACAGCGUAACAUAACAGAUAAUUAAUUACCUUCUUUUUAUCAUUUCUUAACAAUAUACUCUUGAGGUUACUUUAACUGCAAUAACAAAAAGCCCAUUACUCACACUGUCAAAUUAUUUUUGAUAAAAGGAAUUUGCCUCAAUUUAUUACAAUUACUGUUAUUCCUCUUUAGAUUGUUUUGUUUUCGUCCCCAGUGACUAAUCAAAUUUACAUUAACAAAUUUUCAAAACGUUAUAGAAGACACAAGUUAGGCUAUAUGAACUUACUAAACUUUUUUUUAUAUUCAUUUGUGAAUUGAGGUGUAGACCUUUUGCUCUGCUGUCUUUUCUACUUCAAAGGUGUGUAGCUAGAACUGAUAUGACUGGUCAAGCCAAGCUCGUUGUUGGCCUUUUAAGAGGUGGAAUGUGAUUCUAUGACGAUAACGGUCCUAAUGUUUUGAAACUACGUCGUUUUGGUCGAUUUGUGGUGUGUAGUUAUGUUUUGCAAUUGAAUAUUUGCGUACUGAUUCAAGAAUGCAAAUUUAUUCUCAAUUUGGUCAGUGUGGCGAAUAAUUACGUUACGAUCUCAUGAAAUGCCAUUUAUCGAGCAUGUAUUUGCAGUAUCAGGGCAAUGUUAAAUUGUUUUGAACAGUAGUCUCCUUUGACGAUUAUUUCAACACAUGGUUGUGGUAGUUAACUAUAGGUUAAUGAUACUUCUGUAAUACGUUUUUUUGUUUGAUAGCCACACAUAAUAAAAUUAAGGGCUUCAAGUGUUGACAAAAACUGACUUAUGCUGUAUAUGAUAUUUUUUUUUGCUUUUGUUCCGUUUACGUAAUUAGCAUGCGCACAUUAGUAAGUUUCACGACGUAGAACUACGAUGCAUUUUAUGGAAUUAUCUAAGGGAGCAUAUUUUCCACUCAGCAGAAAUCGUCUGUAGGGUAGCGCUAAUGGUUAUCACACCACGCAAUGUAAUAAACCAAUUGGAUAAAGCAAUUCAGGAAAUUAAACACUUACACAUCUGACUGUUUUUGUAAACACUGAAGUUAAUUAACCAGCACCAACCAAAUUUGAAUUUAUAAUUGUUACCUAUUGUUUUAUUCAAAAGUCGUGCCUAAAAAAAGUGAAGAAGUUAAUUACGAGAGUAGACAAGAAAAGCUCAUUAACUAGUCUUAUGUAAUAUUAAUUAGGUUUCUAAUGAUCUUCUUUUCAUGAGGGAUUAAUGACAUUGAAUUCUUUUGGGUCAUUAUGUGGUCUUUAAAUUCAGCGCUGUAUUUCGUUCCAGUUCAGUUUUAUUUCACUACUGUGAUGAACAGUAGUUAAACUUUGGAAUAGCUACCUCGCUUUAUUUGAUAUAAAAGAUGUUAGCAACAAAAAUGACGACAAUUAAAUUUCUUGUGUUUGGAUUAUGUGUUAGUUCGAUACUAACAGAUAGGGCAGAGCAGCCGGAUUGCUCCCCUUCACUUCCUUGUCAAAAUGGUGGAACAUGCAUGAAUGAUGGUACUUGUACAUGUCCUCCCGGAUUCCUAGGAGCAUACUGUGACGAUAGUGCAUGUGAACCUCUAAACCCAUGUGAAAAUGGCGUGUGUGUACCAGGUGACGCUCGAUAUGGCUUCAUUUGUAAUUGCCGCAAGGGAUUCGAGGGAAUGCUUUGUCAGAAUAGGGAUAUGACUGGAAACAACGCUUGUGACAGCAGCCCAUGUAAAAAUGGUGGCACUUGCACAUCAAGCAAUGCCUAUGACUUCAAAUGCUCCUGUCCACCUGGAUACAGCGGAGCCACUUGUGCAGACAACGCUUGUAGCAAUGGUAAUCCAUGUAAAAAUGGCGGCAAGUGUAUUGUUGGGGGUGGCUAUUAUGGAUUUGCCUGCCAAUGCGCUGCGGGAUACAAAGGAAUGACGUGCACUGAACACACCGGUGGACCAACGCAAAACCCAUGUAAAGCAGGCGUCAAUCCUUGUAAAAAUGGAGGACAAUGCACAGCAACCAGUGCCCACGAUUUCACAUGUACUUGUAUGCCUGGAUAUACUGGAACGUUAUGCCAGACUAAUCCAUGCAAAGCUGUCAACCCAUGCUUAAACGGUGGUAUGUGUACACCAAGUGGUGCGAGUGGCGGUUUCACAUGUACAUGUCCGGCUGGAUACACUGGUACAACAUGCAGAGAUCACGCAUGCAAAGGAACAAACCCAUGUCUUAACGGUGGAAGAUGCUCUCCUGACGGAUCUCCCGGUGGAUUUAAGUGCUACUGUAUGGCUGGUUAUUUCGGCGAGACAUGCGCAGAUAAUGCUUGCAAACCACAAAACCCAUGUUUAAACGGCGGUAGAUGUCAAGGCCUUCCUUUUGGAAAAUUCAGAUGUGAAUGUAUGCCUGGUUAUCAUGGAACAACCUGUGCUCAAAACGGAUGCAAAAGCGUGAACCCCUGUCUUAACGGAGGAACUUGUAAGACAGACCAAAACAAUAAGUUUCGUUGUGAAUGUAUGCCUGGAUAUUAUGGAACAACUUGUGCUGAUAACGCUUGUAAGGCUACCAAUCCGUGUUUGAAUGGAGGAAGAUGUAAACCUGGUGCAAUGACCGGUGGCUUUACAUGUGAAUGUAUGCCUGGCUACCAUGGAACUAACUGUGCGAAUCACGCUUGCAAAGCAGUCAACCCAUGUUUAAAUGGAGGUACCUGCACACCAGACGGAACUGCAGGAGGUUUCACAUGUAAAUGCAUGGCUGGAUACUUUGGAACAACAUGUUCUGACCACGCAUGUAAAGGAGAAAAUCCUUGCCUCAAUGGUGGUAAAUGCCAUCCUGACGGAUCUAAUGGAGGUUUCAAAUGCACAUGUAUGGCUGGAUACUCUGGAUUACAAUGCAGAGAUCAUGCAUGCAAAGGUACAAAUCCGUGUGAAAACGGUGGGAAAUGCUACCCAGAUGGUUCUGCUGGAGGUUUCCAUUGUAAAUGCAAAGCUGGAUACUAUGGUACAAUAUGUAACAACAAUGCUUGCAAAGCUAAAAACCCAUGUCGGAAUGGCGGUUCCUGUUACCCUGAUGGAUCACACGGUGGAUUUCAUUGUAAAUGUAUGGCUGGAUAUUAUGGUACACUUUGCGGAAACCACGCAUGUAAAGCAGUAAACCCUUGUCUAAAUGGAGGUUCCUGUUACCCCGAUGGAUCACAAGGUGGAUUCAGUUGUAAAUGUAUGAGCGGAUACCAUGGAACAACAUGUGCCGAACAUGCUUGUAAAGCCAACAACCCUUGUUUGAACGGUGGUUCGUGCUAUCCAGAUGGAUCAGCCGGUGGUUUCCAUUGUAAAUGUAUGGCUGGAUAUUUUGGAACUACUUGCAGAAACCACGCUUGUAAAGCAGUCAACCCUUGUCUUAAUGGUGGUACUUGCACACCAGACGGUUCAUCAGGAGGAUUCUCAUGUACAUGCAUGACUGGAUAUCAUGGAACAACUUGUGCUGACCACGCUUGCAAAGCUGUCAAUCCCUGUCUAAAUGGAGGAACGUGUCAUCCUGACGGAACACCUGGAGGUUUCUCUUGCACUUGUAUGACUGGAUACACUGGAACUGCCUGUGGUGAUCACGCUUGCAAAGCUGUUAACCCAUGUCUUAACGGAGGUACCUGUAAACCUGAUGGUUCAUCUGGAGGAUUCUCUUGUAUGUGUAUGCCUGGUUACACUGGAACAACAUGCAGGGAUCACGCAUGCAAAGCUGUUAAUCCAUGUUUGAAUGGAGGAACGUGUACACCAGACGGUUCUGCUGGCGGAUUUUCUUGUACUUGCAUGACUGGAUAUUCUGGAACAGUUUGUGGGAACCAUGCUUGCAAAGCAGUCAAUCCAUGCUUGAAUGGUGGAACUUGCAAACCUUCUGGUGCUCAUGGAGGGUUCACCUGUAUGUGUAUGCCUGGAUACACUGGAACAACUUGCAGAGAACAUGCAUGCAAAGAUGUUAACCCAUGCUUAAAUGGUGGUAAAUGUACACCCGAUGGCUCAUCUGGCGGAUUUUCGUGUACAUGCGAACCUGGAUACAAAGGAACUAUCUGUGCUAGCCACGCUUGUAAAGAUAAGAAUCCAUGUCAUAAUGGUGCGAUUUGUACCCCAGAUGGUUCAGCCCAUGGUUACAACUGUAAUUGUAAACCCGGAUACUCAGGCUCAAAUUGUGGUAAUCACGCUUGUAAAGGAACGAACCCUUGUUUAAAUGGUGGAACUUGCUCACCUUCAGGUGCACAUAAUGGCUUCGUUUGCGCUUGUAUGCCAGGAUAUUCCGGAACAACUUGCAGAAAUCAUGCUUGCAAAGCAGUCAACCCAUGCCUCAAUGGUGGUACCUGUGAACCUGAUGGUUCUCACGGAGGUUUCUCUUGCACGUGCAUGCCUGGAUACACUGGAACAACUUGUAGAGAUCACGCUUGUAAAGCUGUCAACCCAUGUCUCAAUGGCGGUACCUGUAAACCUGAUGGCUCAGCUGGAGGAUUCUCUUGUAUGUGUAUGCCUGGUUACACUGGAACUAAAUGCGGAAAUCACGCUUGCAAAGCUGUCAACCCAUGUCUAAACGGUGGAACUUGUAAACCCGACGGAUCUCACGGAGGAUUCUCCUGUAUGUGUAUGCCCGGAUACACUGGAACAACUUGCAGAGAUCACGCAUGCAAAGCUGUCAACCCAUGUCUUAAUGGAGGUACCUGCAAACCUGAUGGAUCACCAGGCGGCUUCUCCUGCAUGUGUAUGCCCGGUUACACUGGAACACAAUGCGGAGAUCACGCAUGUAAAGCAGUCAACCCAUGCCUUAAUGGAGGUACCUGUAAACCCGAUGGUUCCCACGGCGGUUUCUCUUGUAUGUGUAUGCCUGGAUAUACUGGAACAACAUGUAGAGACCACGCUUGCAAAGCUGUUAACCCAUGCCUUAAUGGGGGGACAUGUACUCCUGAUGGCUCACCUGGCGGUUUCUCCUGCCAAUGUAUGCCUGGUUACUCUGGAACACUGUGUGCGAAUCACGCUUGCAAAGCUGUCAACCCUUGCCUGAAUGGAGGCACAUGUAAACCCGACGGAUCUCACGGAGGAUUCUCUUGUAUGUGCAUGCCUGGAUACACUGGAACAACUUGCAGAGAUCAUGCUUGUAAAGCUGUCAACCCCUGCCUCAAUGGUGGUACCUGUACACCAGACGGAUCUGCCGGCGGAUUUUCUUGUACAUGCAUGCCUGGAUACACUGGCACUAUCUGCUCAAAUCAUGCUUGUAAAGCUACCAAUCCUUGUUUGAAUGGCGGUACCUGUAAACCUGAUGGUACUCAAGGUGGCUUCUCAUGUAUGUGCAUGCCAGGAUACACUGGAACAUUAUGUGGCAAUCAUGCUUGUAAAGCAGUCAACCCAUGUCUAAACGGAGGUACUUGCACACCUGACGGUUCAUCUGGAGGAUUUUCUUGCACGUGUAUGCCUGGAUACACAGGAACAACUUGCGCAAAUCACGCCUGUAAAGCAGUCAAUCCAUGCCUGAACGGCGGUACUUGUAAACCUGAUGGUUCUCACGGAGGAUUUUCUUGCAUGUGUAUGCCUGGAUACACUGGAACCAUUUGUGGUAACCAUGCUUGCAAGGCUGUCAACCCAUGUCUCAAUGGAGGUACCUGUAAACCAGAUGGUUCAUCUGGAGGAUUCUCUUGUGUGUGUAUGCCUGGAUAUACUGGAACAACUUGCAGAAAUCACGCUUGUAAAGCUGUCAACCCAUGUCUUAACGGAGGUACCUGUAAACCCGAUGGAUCCCACGGCGGUUUCUCUUGUAUGUGCAUGCCUGGAUACACUGGAACUGUGUGUGGUAAUCAUGCUUGCAAAGCAGUCAAUCCAUGCUUGAACGGUGGAACUUGUAAACCUGAUGGUUCAUCUGGAGGAUUUUCUUGCAUGUGUAUGCCUGGAUACACUGGAACAACUUGCAGAAACCAUGCUUGCAAAGCUGUCAACCCAUGUCUGAAUGGAGGUACCUGUAAACCUGACGGUUCAAAUGGAGGAUUCUCAUGCAUGUGUAUGCCUGGAUAUACUGGAACAGUGUGUGGUAAUCACGCUUGUAAAGCUGUCAACCCAUGUCUUAAUGGUGGUACCUGUAAACCCGAUGGUUCAUCUGGAGGAUUCACCUGUAUGUGUAUGCCUGGAUAUACUGGAACAACUUGCAGAGAUCACGCUUGCAAAGCAGUUAACCCAUGUCUAAACGGUGGUACUUGUACACCUGAUGGUUCAUCUGGAGGAUUCUCUUGCACGUGCAUGCCAGGAUACACUGGAACAACUUGCAGAAAUCAUGCUUGCAAAGCUGUAAAUCCAUGUUUAAACGGAGGUACCUGCAAACCAGACGGAUCUUCUGGAGGAUUCUCUUGCAUGUGUAUGCCUGGAUAUACUGGAACAGUGUGUGGUAAUCACGCUUGCAAAGCUGUCAACCCAUGUCUAAAUGGAGGUAGCUGUAAACCUGAUGGCACAAAUGGAGGAUUCUCUUGUAUGUGUAUGCCUGGAUACACUGGCACAGUUUGUGGUAAUCACGCUUGCAAAGCAGUAAACCCAUGUCUUAAUGGCGGUACCUGUAAACCCGAUGGCUCUCACGGCGGUUUCUCCUGUAUGUGUAUGCCUGGAUAUACUGGAACUGUGUGUGGUAAUCAUGGUUGCAAAGCUGUUAAUCCAUGUUUGAAUGGUGGAACUUGUAAACCUGAUGGCUCUGCUGGAGGCUUCUCUUGCAUGUGUAUGCCUGGAUACACUGGAACAACUUGCAGAAAUCACGCUUGUAAAGCAGUCAAUCCAUGCUUAAACGGAGGUACUUGUAAACCUGAUGGCUCUGCUGGAGGAUUUUCUUGCAUGUGUAUGCCUGGAUAUACUGGAACAAUUUGUGCUAACCAUGCUUGUAAAGCAGUCAACCCAUGUCUCAAUGGCGGUACUUGUAAACCCGAUGGUUCAUCUGGAGGAUUCUCGUGCAUGUGUAUGCCUGGAUACACUGGAACAACUUGCAGGAACCAUGCUUGCAAAGCUGUAAAUCCCUGCCUUAACGGAGGAACAUGUACACCAGACGGCUCAUCUGGAGGAUUCUCUUGCACCUGCAUGCCUGGAUACACUGGAACCAUUUGUGCCAAUCACGCAUGUAAAGCUGUUAAUCCAUGUCUUAAUGGAGGUACCUGCAAACCAGACGGAUCAGCUGGAGGUUUUUCUUGUAUGUGUAUGGAUGGAUACACUGGAACAACUUGUCAAAACCACGCAUGUAAAGCAGCUAACCCAUGUCUUAAUGGUGGUACUUGUACACCUGAUGGCUCAUCUGGAGGAUUUUCAUGUACAUGCAUGGAUGGCUACACUGGAACAACCUGUCAGAAUCACGCCUGUAAAGCAGUUAACCCAUGUCUAAACGGAGGUACUUGCACACCCGAUGGUUCUUCCGGAGGAUUCUCUUGCAUGUGUAUGCCUGGAUACACUGGCACAACUUGCGCUAACCACGCUUGCAAAGCUGUCAACCCAUGUCUAAACGGCGGUACUUGCACACCAAGCGGUUCAUCUGGGGGAUUUACUUGCGCAUGUAUGGAUGGAUACACCGGAACAACUUGUGCUAACCAUGCUUGUAAAGCAGCCAAUCCAUGUCUUAACGGUGGUACCUGCAAACCAGACGGUUCAUCAAGCGGAUUUUCCUGUAUGUGUAUGGAUGGAUACACCGGAACCACAUGUGCUAAUCAUGCUUGUAAAGCAGUCAACCCAUGUCUGAACGGCGGUACUUGCACACCCGAUGGUUCAUCCGGAGGAUUUUCUUGCACGUGUAUGCCUGGAUACACUGGAACAACUUGUGCUAAUCACGCUUGCAAAGCUGUCAACCCAUGUCUAAACGGCGGUACUUGCACACCAAGCGGUUCAUCUGGGGGAUUUACUUGCGCAUGCAUGGAUGGAUACACCGGAACAACUUGUGCUAACCAUGCUUGUAAAGCAGCCAAUCCAUGUCUUAACGGUGGUACCUGCAAACCAGACGGUUCAUCAAGCGGAUUUUCCUGUAUGUGUAUGGAUGGAUACACCGGAACCACAUGUGCUAAUCAUGCUUGUAAAGCAGUCAACCCAUGUCUGAACGGCGGUACUUGCACACCCGAUGGUUCAUCCGGAGGAUUUUCUUGCACGUGUAUGCCUGGAUACACUGGAACAACUUGUGCUAAUCACGCUUGCAAAGCUGUCAACCCAUGUCUAAACGGCGGUACUUGCACACCAAGCGGUUCAUCUGGGGGAUUUACUUGCGCAUGCAUGGAUGGAUACACCGGAACAACUUGUGCUAACCAUGCUUGUAAAGCAGCCAAUCCAUGUCUUAACGGUGGUACCUGCAAACCAGACGGUUCAUCAAGCGGAUUUUCCUGUAUGUGUAUGGAUGGAUACACCGGAACCACAUGUGCUAACCAUGCUUGUAAAGCAGUCAACCCAUGUCUAAACGGAGGUACUUGUACACCUGAUGGUUCAUCCGGAGGAUUUUCUUGCACGUGUAUGCCUGGAUACACUGGAACAACUUGUGCUAAUCACGCAUGCAAAGCUGUCAACCCAUGUCUAAACGGCGGUACUUGCACACCAAGCGGCUUAUCUGGGGGAUUUACUUGCGCAUGCAUGGAUGGAUACACCGGAACAACUUGUGCUAACCAUGCUUGCAAAGCAGCCAAUCCUUGUCUUAACGGUGGUACCUGCAAACCUGACGGUUCAUCCAGCGGGUUUUCCUGUAUGUGUAUGGAUGGAUACACUGGAACAACCUGCGCUAACCAUGCCUGUAAAGCAGUCAACCCAUGUCUAAACGGCGGUACCUGCACACCUGACGGCUCAUCCGGAGGAUUUACUUGCACGUGUAUGACUGGAUACACCGGAACAACUUGCGCUGACCACGCUUGUAAAGCUGUCAACCCGUGUCUAAACGGUGGAACUUGCACACCCAGCGGUUCGUCUGGGGGAUUUACUUGUACAUGUAUGGUUGGAUACACUGGAACAACUUGUGCUAACCAUGCUUGUAAAACAGUCAACCCUUGUCUUAACGGCGGUACCUGCAAACCUGACGGUUCAUCCAGUGGAUUUUCUUGUAUAUGUAUGAAUGGAUACACUGGAACUACAUGUGCUGGACAUGCUUGCACUCCUACAAACCCAUGUGCUAACGGUGGCACUUGUGCACCUGAUGGUUCAUCAGGAGGAUUCUCUUGUACAUGCGCUCCUGGCUUCACUGGACCUACUUGCUUAGGCUCUGCAUGCGCUAGUAAUCCUUGUAAACAUGGUGGAACUUGCAAUGCGGUUGGCACAGGAACUGGAUACACUUGUACCUGCAGACCUGGAUUCUCUGGUCCAGAUUGUAGUAAUGUGCAAAACUUUGGCUGCACGGCCAAUCCAUGUGAGAACGGCGGAACGUGUAUGUUUGAUGCAUCUGCUCCCAAUGGCCGUGUGUGCAAAUGCAAGCCAGGCUUCUUUGGACCAACUUGCACAAACACCGGUGACGCAUGCGCAGGCGUUGUUUGUCAACACGGUGGAACCUGUAAACCAUUCCCAGCUCACAUGGGAUAUUUCUGUUGGUGUCCUAUUGGAUGGAGUGGUCCACAUUGUGAAAAAGUUACUAAGAGUCCCCUCUGGACUGGCCCAACUGCUGCUACCAUUCCUGUUCCAACAUGUCCAACGAAAGACUCCGGUGUGUGUAUGAUCGGUGGUAAGAAGAAGAUAGAUGGUAACUACGAAUGGCCUCAACAUCCUGACUGCUUCGUCUCGUGUACUGAUGGUAACCCGACUUGUCAAUGUUGUAACCCGAGAACAUUAAUUUACAGUCAAAAAUGUGACAUGUGCUUGUAUGAGAAAAAUCCAGCAAAUUGCCCUGCUACACCACCAAAACCAACACCAACACAAUCUUCAAUACCAGAUCCACUUAAUAUCCAAGCUUAUUGCGAUGGCAAAUCAUUUGGUUUUUAUAAGCAUCCAAUGAAUCCUUACAAAUACGUCACGUGUUAUCCAAAUGGACAUGGUUACGUUCGAACAUGCCCAGCUGGUUUAAUCUGGGUUCGAACUGCAGAAGCAAAAGGUUAUUGUAACUGGUUCGUGUGGUGACAUGCCUAAAGAAAAUGAACUUAAAAAAUUUUAGAAUUGUAGUGGUAAAUUUUCAAGCUGGAAUCUUGUGAAAACCUACUCAAGAAUUUAUCUACAAUAUAUAUAAAAAAAAAAGAGAACAGCAAUUUGUAGUAUAAACAACUAAUUUUUCUACUGUUAUUAUUUUAAAAAAUCUGUUUUAGGUAUAUUUUCAAAAACUUUUAAAUCCAAUGUCAUUCGUUCUUCUAUUUUUGUUUUUGU